AUGUGUUUCGGGAGCAGGAAAACGGAUGAGGAGGGACAGAACCGAUCGCGCGAGCUCGACAAGAUUAUAAGGCAAGAUGAGAAGAGGUUGGCCCGUGAAGUGAAGCUCCUCUUAUUGGGCGCCGGUGAAUCGGGGAAGUCGACGGUCUUGAAGCAAAUGAAGUUGAUCUACGCGCAAGGCUUCAGCAAGAACGAGAGACUCGAGGGCAAACCGGUGGUCUUCAACAAUGUGGUUCAAUCAUUACGGCUGAUUUUCGACGUCAUGAACGAUCAGUCGAUCGAGUUUGUAAACAAGGAUAAUGAGAAAAACCAGGCGCUACUUCUCCUAGAUUGCGAGAUUUCCCCCAACGACAAUCUUCCCGAAGACCACCUGGACCCAAUCAAGGCACUCUGGGCCGAUGAGGGCGUGCAAAGGGCUGUGCUGAAAGGAAACGAAUACGCCCUCCAUGAUAACCUUUCAUACUUUUGCGACGACCUGGACCGCAUUUUCACCAAAGGCUACAUCCCCAACGACCAAGACCUGCUGCGAUCGCGAUUGAGGACAACUGGAAUCACGGAGACCAUCUUCGACCUAGGCCAAUUGACAUACCGGAUGUUUGACGUCGGUGGUCAACGAUCUGAACGAAAGAAGUGGAUACAUUGCUUUGAAAAUGUCAACUGCCUGCUCUUCCUCGUCGCCAUUAGCGGUUAUGAUCAGUGCUUGGUGGAGGACAAGGAUGGCAAUCAAAUGAAUGAGGCGCUUAUGCUGUGGGAAUCGAUUGCAAACUCACAUUGGUUCACAAAGUCGGCCCUCAUUCUCUUCUUGAACAAGAUGGACUUGUUCAAGGAGAAGCUGUCCUCAAGUCCAAUCACGAGCCACGGCUUCGUUGAUUACCAAGGGCCCCAGGAUGAUUGGAAGCAGGCCAGCAAGUAUUUCAUGGAUAAAUUCAGGGCUCUUAACAGAAACCCCGAGAAGGAAAUCUAUGGUCACUUUACCAACGCAACCGACACAAACCUGCUAAAGAUCACCAUGGGCUCCGUGCAGGAUAUGAUUAUCCAGCGUAACUUGAAGCAGCUCAUCUUGUGA